CUCCAAGCCUCCUGGAUCCGAAACAAAGGCCUGGCACUCAUGCUCCUAGCUCAAUUCUUCGGCACUCUAAUGAACGUCGCGACCCGCAAACUCGAAGUCGAAGGAAACAACGGCAAAGGUCUCCACCCCUUCAACAUCCUCUUCGCUCGCAUGGGCAUCACAGUCGUGCUCGCGAGUACCUACAUGUGGCGGAACAAGACUCCGCACUUCCCAUUUGGUGCUCCUGAGGUCCGAUGGCUGCUCAUCGCUCGAGGGUUUGGAGGAUUCUUUGGCGUCACGGGGAUGUACUGGUCGUUACUCUACCUCCCUCUAGCAGAUGCGACAGUCAUCACUUUCCUCGCCCCUGGACUGGCAUGCUGGGCCUGCUCCUUCCUGAUCAAUGAACCCUUCACUCGAGUCGAGAAAAUCGGAACUCUAGUCUCAUUCGUUGGCGUGGUCUUCAUCGCUCGUCCGACAUCCUUCUUCGCAGCAUUCUCUUCCGCACCUCCCGCGAGUGGAACAGGGGACAUGGCAGCUCCAAGCAACGAUACCUCCAACCAAGAAUCCGACGCCAGCAACUACGACGAUGUAACGCCCGAACAACGCCUCAUGGCCGUCGGCAUCGCUCUGAUAGGCGUCCUGGGCGCUUCCGUCGCAUACACCACCAUCCGCUGGAUCGGAAAACGUGCACAUCCCCUCAUCAGCGUCAAUUACUUCGCAACGUGGUGUACGAUUGUCAGUUUCGUGAUGCAAUUCGCUUUGCCGCAUGUUGGAUUUCUGCUGCCGGCUGAUUUGAAGGAGUGGGGAUAUCUGAUUUUCCUGGGAACGUGCGGGUUCAUCAUGCAAUUCCUCCUAGCCGCCGCUCUCUCCUACGAGAAAUCCUCUCGUGCGACGAAUUUGACUUACUGCCAAAUGCUGUUCGCUCUUGGCUUUGAUAAGCUGGUUUUCGGACAUUCGCCGAGUGGAUUGUCAAUUCUGGGGUCUUCGCUUAUUUUGGGUUCGGCGAUUGUAGUGGCGUUGCAGAAG